AUGGAUGAACUGGCUUUUUUCUUCUCUGAUGAUUUGUGUUCCACCGAAGAUAUCCAAAACUGCGGUUAUACCAAACACACGGCACAGCAUAAUCGCUCGAGAGCUGCACCGGUUCACCAACUCUCUGACGAUGUAUCUAUAGGUAGAAAUAAAUCAGAGCCUUCCUUCUCUACUAGGAUAUCAAAUGCAUUUCUUCAGUCAAACAGCUUUACGGGAACUAGUAGUUUGCCUUUGAACUUGCCUCCCGAGCCAGAGGAUGGCAAUAUUGAGUACAAGUGGCGCCUUAACGAAGGUGGUGGCCAAGCAAUCUACCGACUUGGUGUGGAUGAUAAUGGAGCUGUGACGGGAUUGACGGCUAAGGAAAUGUCUGCUUCUUUACUGACCCUAUGUAAAAUGUCGCAGAGAUUAGGUGUUUGUAUCCGAAUCCUUCGUGAAUGUACAAUAUCCGAUGUCUCUGACUCAGCUGAUUUUCGGCAAAAGUCAUCUGCUUCCGGAUCAUUAAUUAGUCCCCAAAGAAAAGCAAUAGAAUUGCAUGCAAAGUGGAAAUUGUCGAUCAAUCAAGGCGUUCCCGAUUUACGUGUUGCCAUGCUGGGUAGCGUUGAUGUUGGAAAGUCCACCCUUCUUGGUGUUCUCACUGAUGGCGAAAUGGAUGAUGGCAGGGGUAGAGCUCGUCUAAAUCUGUUUCGCCACCUUCAUGAAGUUCAAUCUGGUCGUACGAGCAGCCUCAGUUCCGAACUAAUUGGAUUUGAUACUGCUGGGCACUUAGUUAAUCGCCGUCGUUCUCAGGGACACCUUAACAAACGCACCGUCGAUGAGGUAAGUUUACUACCUUAUUUGAGAUUAUUCAGUGGUGGCUAA